AUGCCAAUAGAGAGCAAAGUAUUGAAUGUGGUGGUGGACAUGGUCCCCAUUAGGAAAGACCUGCCUCUCAUUCUACCAUUUCUAGGUGGCUCAGUUAUUGAAGCUUAUGGGCUUAAGGAUAAGGUUCCAUGCUUUCCUGGCAAGGCAUACUCUAUUAGAUCAGUGGAUGCACAGGCCUUAGCUAAUGCCAGUUUUGGAAAUAAAGAAACUGGUGUUUCAUUCCCAGUGAAAUUUGUCCCUGAAAAACCUGGCCGAUAUCCAUGCAAGAUUUUGCUUCGCUCCUUUCAUGAUGUACGAGUUUAUAUGAUUGAGUGUGUCGUCAAUCCAAGCAGCUCAGAAACAGAAUUUGAAUUUAUUACUCCAGCCAGUGAAGCACUGAUACAAGAUAUUCCAAUAAGCAAUGCGACUCAGCAGGACUGGAAAUUAAGAGCCAUUCUUCAGGGUGAUCGAUUCUAUGGGCCACAAUUCUUAUAUGUCCCAGCAGGGGAGACAGCACAGUAUUCUUUGAUGUUUAAACCUAUUUCUAAAUGCUUUAGCACAGGCAAACUAAUUCUUCAAAAUGAAACAGAUGGUACCGAGCAUAUAUUUGGCCUCAAAGGCAUUGGCCAAGAACCCCUGGCUCUUGAUCAUAUCGUGAUAGAUUGCCAAGUGAGACAAAUUGCACACAAAGUCCUUAUGGUGCCCAAUUAUACGAACGACAAAUUGACAUAUAAGGUUGUGUCAGAUAUUCCAGUCAUUGGGGGGCCUCGGACAUUAACUGUAAAGCCAGGAACAUCAGCUCCUUAUACACUCAACAUAUCUCCAUGGAAACGUGGUUUGUUCAAAGGUGUAAUCUCAUUUGUUGCAGAAGACAGAGAACAGCAGCAAUUUCAACAUGGCAACCCACCAGCUACUGCAGAUAUCGAUGAAGCUUUUCAAAUAGUGGAAUUUAAAACUGCUGAUGUAAAGAAAGCAGGUGGAAAGUCAGAUCCUUACAAAGUAUGGUUUUCAGUGCAAAUAAACAGUAUGCCUGCUCCUCCUGAUAAAAUAAUUGACGUGACCUGCCCUGUGUUGAAAACAGUUGGAAUAAACAUUCCUAUUACUAACCCGACAAAGGAUGUCCUGCAUUUUCAUGUUUUGGUGGCUGGUGAUGGAGUUACUGGUGAUGACAAAUUUACUCUACAACCCAGAGAAACAUUUCCUUAUGUAGCCAAAUAUUCUCCAACCAGAACAGGAAUUUCCAAUGGCAGCGUGAUUUUCCAGUGUGAUAUAUUUGGAGAAUUUUGGUAUGAAUUACAAAUGUCAUCUGAGAAGCCAACACCAAUUAAAGUUCCUGAAGCAGUUUGUGAACUUGGAAAGUGGACUCGUCUUAUUGUUCCAUUAUGUAAUCCUACGCACGAAACAUUUGAGCUUCAAACUGUAAAUAGUAAUCCUGAACAUUUCCUAGUAGAAUUGGAUCACAGUAAACCACUUUUAGUACCACCCAGUUCUACUACUGAAGUGCAUGUUCAGUUCUGCCCAUCUGCCCUUGGAAAAGGAAAUCAGACAGCAUCCAUCACCUUUACAAACCCACAGCUUGAAGAGUGGACAUUCCAUUUGUCUGGCAUUGGCCUCAUUCCUCAACCCAUGGAUCCUGCAAGCAUAAGUGCUAGAGUUGGCAGUUUGGCCUCCGUCAGCAUUUCGUUUAAGAAUCCCACAAAUGAACAUGUUCUCGUUGAUGUUAUUCUAACUGAUCAAGAACAGACCAUGCAUCGGCUUAGUGCAUCUGUUCUGCGCCAUUCCAUCAAUAAAGAGCCAACAUUCUGUCUGCCUCUGAAGCAGACGCAAGGGAUUCCUUUAGGUCCAAAGGAGAAGCUUGAUAUACCAGUACUAUUUGCACCUGAUACAAUGAAACUUUAUGAGGCUUUAUUAGUUGUACACAUGGUAAAAGCAAAUGGAAACAACUGGGACCACAACAAUUUUGAAGAUUUAAGUACAGAACUAAAAAGCAUAUCAAAAACUGAAGAUGGAGCUAUUUCUGGUAUCCGAUGGAUUUACCCAGUUCAUGGAAUUCCAGAAGCUCAGCCAUCAAAAUCAAGUCCAGAGGAAUUUGUUUACUUAGAAGAGAACUAUAACCAAACCUUUUUGAAUUUAGUUCUCUUGGAUCACAGGAGUACAUUUACAAGUCAGGAUCUAGCAGGCAUAUUUCUUACUAUAUGCUGA